AUGACAUCAACUACAUCGCAUUUAAAUCGGGUUAGAAUUCUGUAUAAAACUAUUCUAAGACUUCAUCGUGGAAUGCCAACUGAAAUUCAAUCUCUAGGGAAUAAUUAUGUUCGUGAUGAAUUUCGUAGACAUAAAAAUUGUAAUGAGAUAGAAGCUAAUAUUUUUAUGAAUGAGUGGACAGAUUAUGCAAUAUCUUUAGCACAACAGUUAGGCUUAAAAGGACCAAUUUCUGCGAAACCUUUGGGUAAAAAUCUUCAGACUAAGACUUUAGAUGAAUUGCGAGAUGAACAAGUUUAUCAGUUAUAUGAGUUGAUGCUUGCAGCGACUGGUAAAUCAAAAAAUGAAAAACAUUAA